AUGGUUGCUAGGCAAGGUCCUAUAGCUAUGGCUGCUCAUCAGAUAUGUUUGCAAGUUUGGUUGGCUGUUUCUCUGAUUACAGAUGUAUUGGCAGCAUCUGGUAAGGUGUUGAUUGCUACUUCGGUUUCAGAAGGGGAUUAUAGAUCCGUGAAGGAUAUCACAUACUUCAUGUUGACUGAGGAUUUUGAUGAGUUUGAGGAUGUUGAUAUGUUAUACAACACCUUAUCACUAGACAAACUAGAAGCUCUAGAAGAUCUUGUUAUCAUGCAGCCCUUGGUCAUGUGUUUGUAUUCACUGGUCAUGUGUUUGGGUGAAGGUUUGGAUGGUGGUCUGAAUGGUGCAUGCACCAAAGCCUGCACAUGGAUUUUGGAUCAUGGCAGUGUCACCACCAUCCCAUCAUGGGGAAAAACAUGGCAUUCUAUAAUUGGUGUGUGCGGGUGGGAAGGAACCAACCCAAUGGCCCCGAAGUUUUGGCACCUUCCAUCUUUACUUCCUAUGUAUCUAGGUUAAUCUACUCGUAUUCUUUUCUCAAACUGUGUUUGAUCUAAGGGAGAUCAACUUAUCAUAAGUAAGUUAUUUUUUUCACCCUUUUAUUUAAUAUUUUUGUGAUUGAAUGAAUGUCUUAAUGAAAGUAAUUGACAACCCUUUUUCUGUAAAUGAUGUUGUGAUUGUGGGAGAGGUGUUGUAUUUUUCUCUGUUGCUAGGUAACCUUCUCAACAACAGCAUUCUACUUAAGCAGGUGAGUAAUCAAGAUUAAGGGAGACUUGUAAUCAUGUUUGGCAUUCCUUUCCAGUAAGAAACAGAGUUGUAUGAUUAUUUGUUAGUUUUAUAGGAAUGUAUAACCCAUGUUAGCAAUGUAUUAUUUUUGUUUA